GGGUGACGUUGCAGCGGGCCUCGUCGGCGUGGCUUUCAUUCUCUUCUUCUUUGGACCACAGGCCUCGUACCCUGGCAGCGUGGGAUCAUUGGCAGAACGCUGCUUACACUUCCCCGUUUCUAAUUGCCGCCGUCCUCUUGUCAUGUGUAGAUAACGUUGUUCGUUGUUCGCCCGAGUACUAGCACGGUGGCCGUGGGAGUCGCUACUCCGCCAUCGACAAUAUGUCCUCCGCAACCCCCCGGAAGUCGAUUGACAGCUUGGCCUCAGGCGCUUCGACCCCCUCCUUGUCUCAGUUCUCAUUGAGCCAGAUCGAGUCCCCUCGAGCGUCCACUCAGCGGUUCCCUCUCAGGAGAGGGUCGACGGCGAGCUCGAUUGCCAGUAUUGGGGGGAUUCUGGAUCCUUCCUACCGCCAUGGAUCAAUAGCUGAGACCGGACAGAAUGCAAUCUCUACCCUGCUUCAGCCCCCCAUUGUCCGCACGGGUCUUGUUCCCCAUACCGCCGUCCCCUCCGCCGGAUAUAAGCCCCCGACUACGCGCGAUAUCCCUCCCGUCACGCUGACCAACAUACCCCAUGUGGACCCAAAAGCAUUCGAGGCGUACCUGUCUCAGGUUGGAUCGUUGUACGAUGUCUUCCAACAAGCGAAAGAAAGCAAUGGAGAUCAGGAAUCACAGCUAGCGCGGGGCCGCGACAAAUCUUCCCCCAAGUCAGAGGAAUCGGACUCGCUGGCCCCGAUGUCCCGGGAAAGGCGACCCUCGGCGAUUUCGACCAGUUCCCGGGCAAGUUCUCCGUACGAUACUCGGGGCAGGAAGCGGUCAUAUGCCGGUCGCGGUCGCGGCCAGGCAGUCACACCUCUAUCUACCAUUCCCACGGUCUACUUUGAGGAUGACUUUCACCUGGAGAACCCGCGGACCUUUGAUGUUGUGUCGGAAAAAUCUGAAAUUGUGACCCCGUCCAAGGAUAAAGCUGAGAAUGGUGCUGCUCUGGAGCCGGCUCCUACGGGUAGAAAGGCUCUCGCUACGAAUGCUAUUCUACAGGAGAAGCUUUCAUGGUACAUGGACACGGUAGAAAUCCACCUUAUUUCUUCGAUCUCGACUGCGUCCAAGUCCUUUUUCACUGCCCUGGGGUCACUACGGGAGCUGCAUGCAGAGGCGGCUGACUCGGUGAAACGCAUUCAAAUCCUGCGGAAGGAUCUACAGAAAAUCGACCGAGAAAUGGCACUGGGUGGUCUCAAGAUUGUCAAUCUGCGACGCCGGCGGGAAAAUGUGCGCAUGCUCGCUGAUGCAGUGUCGCAACUUCGCGAUGUCGUCCAAUCUGUCUCUCGAUGCGAGGAAUUAGUCGAGACCGGCAAGAUUGAAGAGGCUGCAGAUGGCUUAGAAGAGGUGGAGAGACUGAUGGCCGGAGACUAUACCCCCAGCUCUACCGACGGAAAGGAGUCGCAGGAUCAGCCGAGGAAGGCUAUCGAUUUGCGCAGGCUCAAAGCCCUGGAAGGCGCUUCUGAUGAUCUGGCUCAUCUAAGAUAUCGCAUCGGCACAGGCUAUGAAAGCCGUUUUUUGAGCGAUCUGCUGGGCGAUCUGAGGCAACAUGUCGAGAAUGUGCCUUUGGAUGCAACACUGCAACGCUGGGGGUCUGCAUUCCAGCGACAGCGUGGAGCACAACGCUCAGGCGCCAUGCAACCCCCGGCGUACAUGGCAUUUGAUGAUCAGUUGCGGUCAAGGUUGCACCUGCAUCUCACCGGACUUGCUCGUGUACGCCAUACGACACCUGCAGCAACCGCUUUCAAGACCGCGGUUCUACGAGAAAUGAAGAGUCUGAUUCGGAAACAUAUGCCUAGCUCCAGCGACGAUGACAAUGAGUCGGUGGUAUCCGUAUCCACCCAAAAAUCCCAGCAACUCAGUCAACAGGAGAAGUCUUCAAUCCUGGCACGGAACCUCCGUGCCUUGGACGCCCAGGAUUCAUACAACAUGCUUGCACGCGUAUACACCGGCAUCAGUGAGUCGCUCCGGAGACUUAGUGUUCAAGUCAAGGUCCUUCUGGAUAUCGCGAGUGGGCUGGAGAAUCCGGCCCCGGUUGGGUUGAAGUCUGGACCUCCAAGCCCGAAUCCGCAAGGCCCGAGCAAAGCCGCAACCCCGGGACCUACAACAAUUGUGGCGCAAGACGAGAUCCUGCAGGUACUGGACAUGUCCAGCCUUCUUGGCCAAGCCGUCGACAUUGCCCAAUCUCAGAUCACCAAGGUGUUGAAGGUUCGAUCAGAACAGACAUCUCAGCUCCAAAAGGAGGACUUCCUCAAGUACUUCACUCUCAAUCGGCUCUUUGCUGAUGAGUGUGAGGCCAUCUCUGGGCGAAGUGGUACCGCACUGAAGACUGUUGUAGGUAACCAGAUCCGAGACUACAUCAACCGAUUCGGAGAUGGACAACGGCGUCGCAUAGUUGAGGUGAUGGAUGCGGACCGAUGGGAUGCGAGGGACUUUGGAGAAACUGAAAAUGCUAUCCUAGACCGCAUCCUUAGUGCGAGCACUAGAGACAUCAACACCUGGGUGGGUGCAUCUAAGAUCUGGCUGCCCCAGGAUGAACGCCAACCAUCACCGGCAAGCACAGCUGUCAAUGGUUCUGGCAAAGAGAAACUGCGCAGUGCCAUGAUCGAUGAGCAGAAGUAUAUUCUCUCAGAAUCGGCUGUGGCGAUGAUGAAAAGUAUCGAGGAAUAUCAAUUCAUCAUGGCGAAUAUACCUAGCAUGAUGCAAGACAUUGCGCCUGGUUUGUUGGAGUCACUGAAGCUGUUUAACUCACGGUCCUCCCAACUGAUCUUGGGCGCUGGAGCAACACGAAGUGCGGGGCUCAAGAAUAUCACUACGAAGCACCUGGCCCUGUCGUCUCAGGCGCUGAGCUUUGUCAUUGCCCUCGUCCCGUAUAUCCGAGAAUUCGUCCGUCGUCAUGCGCCGUCCAGCCCGCUCAUGGGAGAGUUCGAUAAGGUGAAGCGGCUGUAUCAGGAGCAUCAGUCUGGCAUCCACGAGAAACUUGUGGACAUUAUGGGAUCUCGAUCGGCUAUCCACGUCAAUGCCAUGAAAAAGAUUGACUGGAAUGCGCCCGCAGGAGGUAGUGGGGUGAGCCCGUACAUGGAAACCCUGACGAAGGAAACCGGCACGCUGCAUCGGGUGCUAAGCAAGCAUCUUCCCGAUAUGACAGUGAUGAUGAUCAUGGAUCCUGUGUUCAGCAGCUACCGAGAGCAGUGGACGAAGGCGUUCGAAGAGGUAGCUGUGACUUCGGAGACUGGCAAGCAACGACUGGAACGAGAUGCGGAGUAUCUCCAAACGAAGCUAAGCAAGAUUGACGGCUUUGGCGAUUUGGGCCAGCGUCUCAUUGAAUUGGCCAAGCAAAAGAAGAUCGCCACCGAAUCCAAGCCUGUAUCCACGGACUCUUCUCGGAAGUCGUCUUCGGAUGCAAACGGCACGUCGAAGAAUCAAACCUAGACGACCCGAUCCGUGAUUAGCCUUGACGGUCUAGUAUAAAAAUUUAGGGUGGAUCGCCCGAGACCUCUUGUACCGCAUGGUACAAGACUGUACAGUCAUUCCAACCUUCUGUUCAUUGUCGGCGCACUUACGAGCGUAGCCAUACCUAUAUAGAUCUAAUAAACAUUUC